AUGCAGAGUGUAACUCAUUAUUAUAAUACAGUAGAAGAAGAUGAAGCGAGCAAACAGGAAAGCAAAAAAAUAAUCUUUGAAAACAAACUUUUUGAAUACAUAGUUAGCUGCCAGAUGAAAGGCAAAGUUCUGGUAUUCAGUCACAUGUUUAAUAACGAAUAUGAAGAAGGAAGAAGUCUUAAAAAAUAUUGA